AUGAGCAGUUUGGAAUAUAGUGGAUUACCGAGCCGUCCUGUGGAACCAGGAAGUUCGGCUAUGUCUAUGGAUGUAUGUAAUGGAAUAAAAAUUCAAAAAACGACGGCAGGUGCUUGCCGAAAAUGUGGUUAUCCUGGGCAUCUUCCAUUUCAAUGUUACAAUUUCUUGCGACCUAGCGGAGAAAACUGCGCAGAUAUUUCUUCUACAAGUUCAGAGUCCGAUUACGAAACGCCACUUACUGCUAAAGAACAUAAACGAAAAAUGAAACGAAGAAGUAAGAAACAUAAUCAUCGCGGACAACAUAAAAAGCGGGAAAGGAGCAACGAUGAUUCAACAAAGUGUAAGAUCAAAAAGAAGAAAAGGGAGAAGUAUCUUGAAUCAUCGUCCGUGCAAGCGUCAAACUUAAAAAUGAAAGUCGAAACUAGACGCAUUUAUAGGAAGUCAUAA